UCGCUGAGAUGUGGCAACUGAUCAUUCAAGAGAACAAGAAUAAAAAUCGACAAACUCAGAGAUAUGUGGGAGCAGCUGAGCGCUCCCACCUACGCCACCUUUGUGUCCAAUUGUCAGCAGCUGCCCACAUUGCAACAAAACACCCCGACAUGAAAGGCAAGAAUGCCGCCAUAUCCGCAACAAUGUUGUCCAGGAGGGGAAACUGUGGUGGUAGAGGUCGAGGUCGAGUCCGAGGGAGAAACAAUACCAAAGACAAACCCUCCAAGAAAAACAAGAUUGAGUGCUAUGACUGUAUGACGGCUGAAGAAAGAGCCAAUGCUCAAAACAGCAAGCAAACACUGCAAUUGUCAAAUGCAAAGAUGAGUG